GCCAUGGUGAUGCACGCGACGUUCGGGCUCGACCAUUAUCCCAACUACCUGCAGCGAUGGCAGAUGAGCGACAUCGAGGAGUUGGAGAUGAAGCUGCGAGCUCAGCUCGACAAGGUGGUGGAGGAGAAGGAGAAGCUGCGGCAAAAGUUGCUCUCCUCUUCCUCUUUCCUUUGCAGGCUUGCAACGGCCCCAGCCCCACAGGACAUUUGGGACAAGCGAUUCUUGGAGCUGAUCGACGGGGAUGGGAAACUGCGACUUGGGAAGCUGAAUAAAAUCUUGAGCGAGGAGGCGGACGGAGUCUACUCGUUUCCUCUCCUCCAGCCUUCGCUCUGCCAACAGAUCGUCUCGUGCGCCAACGACUUUGCUGCCUUCACGCGCCAGGAGAAACUGGAGGGCAAGUUCGACAGCGAGAGACCAGCCGUACUAGACAUGAUGAAGCUUGGGUGGAUCAACGAUAUGCUCCUGAGGCAAGUUGUCUCUCCGCUGGCAGAAGCUCUAUUCGAGGACGAGCUGGAAGGCGAGACUCUUGACUGGAGGCACGGCUACAUCGUGGGAUACGCUCCCAAGGACCCAGGACAAGCAGGGACUGAAUUCCGUCCGAGGAGGAACCACCUUGUGUCGCAUACCGACGACUCGGAGAUCACCCUCAACGUCUGUCUUCAGAGCGACUACCAAGGAGGAGAGCUCGUCUUCCAUGGCCGCCGUGGCUCAGGCGAGGAGCUGAAAACCCUCGGGUCCUUCAAGGCUCCCGCACCGGGUUGGGCUGUGCUGCACGUCGGACGGCAGCUGCACGAGGUGCUUCCUGUGACCGGCGGCAAGCGGUACGGCCUGAUCCUGUGGACGCGGAGCAUGCGAGGCAUGAGGAGUGGCGUCUGCCCGUGCUGCUGGUUGAACCGACGCCACCCAACGAGCGCCGCAUGUGUGUGUGGGCCGCAAUGGAAC